UACAAGUUCCGGUGCAGAAAAAGUGAAAAAAACAUCCUCCUAUGUUCUUGAUGUUUUCAUAGAUAAAAGCUUCUAGAAUCUAGUUCAUGAAUGACAUUAACAGGUAGUAAUGGCACAGUAUUUAAAUCGUACAUUACGACAAGUACAGCAACAGAUCUGCAAGCAAUUUUCACGAGAGAGUCAGACAAUACAACAACGUAACUAUGCCAAUGGCACAUCAAGUGGUUCUACUCCUAGAAGGGCUGUGUUAUAUGUGCCUGGAAGUGACCAGCGGAAACUCUCCAAGAUUCCAUCAUUAAAAGUAGAUUGUGCAGUCAUGGAUUGUGAAGAUGGUGUAGCAGUCAACAGAAAGGAUGAAGCAAGGCAUACAAUAUGUAAAGCCCUAGAUGAGCUUGUGUUUGGUGCCACUGAAUGUGUUGCCAGGGUAAACAGUGUCAGCAGUGGCCUGGCAGAGGAGGAUAUGAAAGUUAUCCUCCAGGCAAACCGUCUACCAGAUACCAUAAUGCUUCCCAAAGUUGAGUCAGUGCAAGAUAUUAAAUGGUUUUCAGAAACAUUGUCACAGGUGCUCAAACACCGGGACCUCAGAGGUGACAGAAUCAAUCUUGUGAUAUUUGUGGAGAGUGCAAGGGGUCUUCUAAACCUCAGAGACAUCUGUCUUUGGGGUCAGGAACUGUCAAAAGGUGACACAUGUUUUAACCUUGAUGGUAUUGUGUUUGGCUCUGACGACUUCUGUGCAGAUAUAGGUGCUACUAGAACUACAGAUGCAAUGGAACUUCUCUAUGCCAGACAAAAAGUUGUGAUUAUUGCUAAAGCAUUUGGUUUACAAGCUAUAGACCUUGUACAUAUAGACUAUAAAGAUCUUGAAUCACUAAAGCGUACUUCAGAGGCAGGUGCAGGUAUGGGGUUCACUGGGAAACAGGUGAUCCAUCCCAGUCAAGUCCCAAUUGUUCAGGCUGCUUUUUCCCCCUCCCCAGCCAAGAUAGAGUGGGCCUCUCAGCUUAUUGAAGAGUUCAAACUCCAUCAAGCUUCAGGGCAGGGGGCGUUCAACUUUAGGGGGCACAUGAUUGACAAACCAUUACUACUACAAGCAGAAAAUGUUUUAAAACUUGCAGAACGUAUCAAAGACAAUGACACGUGACAAGUAUAAGAUCAAUGGUGUUAAAGUUGUUGUAUCUUGGAUGUUGUAUGAUAGACCUCUUUAUAUACAAAUGCAUAGCUUGCAAAGCGCACAAACAAAUGUUAUGAAAAGACUGAUGAACCAGGGAUGAUGUAUUGUGUAGUCCUCCUACCAAUUUGGUCUUUGUUAAUUUUCAACUUGGUACAGGGGAAUCUAACAAGUAAAGGUGAUAUCAUUACAAUAGUAACUCAUUUGUCCUUUUUCCUUUCAUGUAUUGGCCCAUUUGGCCAAUGAUAUGUGCCUUUGAGGUCUGUGUGAAUGCUUAUUAUUAAUCUGGCCAAAAUUACUUCAUUCUUUUAAAACAAUGCAUUUCCAAUAGACACUCUCACAUCGAAAGCUUUUUGCAUUUCAUCACCUGCUGUAUGACGUCAUAGAGCAAUUGACACAAAAAUGAAUGUGGCAGCUAUUAUUUUUUUAUCCGAAUAUUUAACACUGCAAAAUGUACAAC